AUGCUUGGUGGUGUUCAGAAUUUGGACGAAGCUAAAAAACUGAAUGAGGAAAACUUCAAUUUCGAGAAGCAACAAGAGGAUCUUCUGAUGAGUAAACUUGCAGCAAAUGGCAAAUUACCGGUAAAACCACAAAGUACUUUUCUUCAGAAGAAAUUACAGCAGCAAAGAAAAUUCUUUGAUUCUGGUGACUAUGCAAUGAAUAAGCAAAAAACAAAUACUCCAUCAGCAAACUUACCAGUUGCCAAUUUACAAAAUAUUAUGCAUAGAUCAGCUUCAGUUUCUUCAUCUGCACAGGAAGAAGUAGACGUGCCGCUUAACAUUGAUGUUUCAACGGCAGUAAGAGAUGAAUCAUUGCAAAUUCCUCGCCCAGACACGGUCCCACAGCGUAAAUCGUCAAUCAUUUACCCAUCUGUACAUAGCAAAUUAAGCCCACAGCCAUAUAUUCAUCACUCAACGCACGAUAGUGACCCUCUCACAGGACCUUAG